UGUAGAUCAAAUCACCAUCCUCAUCAAUCUCACAACAACAACAACAAAAUGUCUAAAACAUCAAUCCUUUUACCUUUUCUUCUCCUAAUCAUAUUUGUCUCUACAUCUCAAGCAAAUCGUCAACUCUGGGAUGGUGGUUUACUCGGAUCCAAAUCCGGGGUUAAUAGGAUUCCUGGAUUUAAAGGAAAUGUAGAUUGGAUGAAUCCAACACAUACGUGCACAAUGCAAGGACCUUGUCGUGGUAAGAAGCUCACGUGUCCCGCAGAGUGCUACAAAUCAUCCAACGUUAACAAGGAAGGUUAUAAAAGCAGCAGCAAGAGCGGAGGAUGUACAUUUGACUGUACUAAUAAGUGUAUCGCCUCUUGUUAAUUUGGACAUAUAUAA